GUUGGAAGGGAUACCAUGGGUUUAAUGAAAGCAGACUUGUACAGAUUUGUUUUCAGGGGAGAUUGUGGAUCUCUGAGAGGAUUAGCCAGAAAUAAUCUGGAAAUUCUUCAAGGGAUUACCCCACAAGGAAAUAGUGCUCUCCAUGUUGCAGCCAGCAGAGGGCAUCAUGAAAUGUUAAAGCUGUUGAUUCGAUUGAAGCCAGGCCUUUUGCUAAUGAAGAAUAUCAAGGAUGAAACGCCGCUCCACAGAGCUGCGGCAGCCGGAGAACUGCAAGUAGUACAGCUUCUCCUCAACAUUAACCGUCGUCGUGCUCAAGAGAAUGUUGAUUUAGAAAUUGGUUCUGUCUUUGAACCUGAUGAGUUUGGGAGACCUGUCAACAUAGACAAUGAAACGGCGCUACAUUAUGCUGCGAGAGGCGGUCAUCUGAGAAUUGUUGAAAACAUAUUGGGGAGAGUGAAUGAUAUAGAAAGAAUAGUGAACAACGCCGGCGAAUCUGCUCUUUAUACAGCCUGUGAUCAUGGUAAAUAUCACGUAGCCUGGAGGUUGCUGAACCAAGGUGCGUUUGAUGGCGAUACUAGAAGAGAUGGACAGACCUGUCUCCAUGUAGCUAUUCAUACAGACCAGAUAGAUUUGGCUUUAUUAUUACUGCGGGAAAGAAAUGAACUAGCUGAAGAAGCUGAUGGUUCAGGCAACAUGCCUUUGCAUAUAGCAACAUUACACUGUUCCUUGUGUCUUGUAAGAGAGUUGCUGCAUAUAGCACCACAUACUAGCUUCCAUGUCAACGAAGCUAAGAUGGCUCCAAUACACAUAGCUUCACAGCAGGGUUACACAGAAAUAAUUGAGUCUUUGAUCGACGAGACACCACAUUGUAUAUAACUGUUAGGCCGGGACAAUAAGAACGCUUUGCACUUUGCUCUGGAACAAAAUCAUCCUUUCGGGAUUUGCCGCUAUCUACUUGAGAACAAGUCAGAUGCCGCUUUCUUGAUUAAUGAACCUGAUAACAAGGGUAACACAGCGUUCCACAAAACAGCGUAUACAAAAGGUCUAAGGGUACUAGGGGAGAUGUCCAAAAUUUCAAAAUGGAAUUUGAAUGCAGAGAAUAAAGAUGGGUAUACUGCGCUGGACAAGCUCAAAACAUCGGAUGGUAUCCCUUUCCCAGCGAAAGGAAAUGUGGAGCUCUUCAAAAAAGCUGUUUCCGCCUCCCCUUCCGACAUGUUCUUGGAGAAACAGAAAGAGAAAGACCGCACAGUCCAGUUAGUGGAGUUGAGAGAAACAAGUUCUGCAGGGGAAAGAGAUCCCAACGAAACGUAUUCAUUAAUUGCGGCGCUCCUGGCGACUAUCACAUUUGCUGCGGGCUUUACAGUUCCUGGUGGGGUUAGUGAUGAGCAAGGCAUUCCAGUGCGGAUGCAUUCUGCUGCUUUCAAGGCUUUCAUUAUAGCCAACACGCUGGCUCUGUCGUUGUCCAUGGUUGCAAUAUUUUUAUUCUCCGAUAUAACCAACUUGGUGUUCAAAAAGCCUCUCUUCAGGAUCGCAAAUUCCGCCGCGAUUGAGAAAGGACGCUUUUUCGUGGUCUGGGCGUUCCUGGCAACGAUGGUGUCAUAUGUAACGGGUAUGUACGUUUUAGUGGCGCCCACCUCUUUAUGGUUAGCCCUAAUUGUUUGCUUAGUCGGAUGUUCUGCCCCUUUUAUUUGGCUUUAUUUCAACCUUCGUUGGAGAGCGCAUAUGUUAUCACUUUUGAGUCAAGGGUAGGUCGUCCUUCGCCAGCAGGGAUGAAAGAUUAGUGAAGAUUAUAUUUAUUUUUUAUUAGAAACAGUUAAAGUUUUUUAAUCUUUAGUUGCAGAUGGAGAGGGACGUCAACUUCUAUAGGGGAAAGGAUCCAGUAGUUGAGCAUGUAUCAAUUGUUGUGAGAGUUGUUGAUACCUUUUGU